AUGUUGCCACCAUCGAGCCUUCUCCCUGGAAAACGAAGGAGAGAGCACGAGGGGGUUUCAGAGAGAGAUCAAGAAGGAGGAGGAUGCAGCAACGAUGUUAGAGGCGAUGGUGGUGGUGCCGCACCAUAUUUGGUGACCCAGCGAACCGAUGCCGACCCUAGUAGUCGUAUUACUACUACUCGUUUCACAAGCUCACGAGCCAUUUGAUUCGAAUAAAAGAAUGGGGUUGCGAACGAUUCAAGAAAAUGGUUGACAUAUGGAUGAAUUUUGCAAGUUUUUUUUUCCUUUGAAGUGAUUUAAUCAUUGUUGAGUAUAAUCAUGUAUAAUCAUGUAUAAAUAUAUGAAACCAGUCUCGACAUAUUCAUUUAUAAACAUAACAAUAUAAAUGUAUAACCUCAAUAUUUGGAAAAUUUAUUUAUGA